UAAACUCGGGGUCUCUCUGUCUUCCCAUCUCUUUAAACAGUACGUGAGAGACAAGUGCCCCAGAGCCAACCUGCCCCCUGUCUAUGCCCUUGAACUGUUGACCAUCUAUGCCUGAGAAACAGGGACUCAGGAGAAUGAGAAUUUCAAGCUGGACGAGGGUCUCAGCACAGUGAUGGAGCUGCUCCAGGAUUAUGAAUUCAUCUGUAUCUACUGGACCAAGUACUACACACUCCAGCACCCAAUCAUCCAGGACUUUGUCAGAGAACAGUUCAAAAAAGAGAGGCCCAUCAUCCUGGAUCCGGCGGACCCCACCCACAAUGUGGCAGAAGGGUACAGAUGGGACUUAGUCGCUCAGAGGGCCAGACAGUGCCUGAAACAGGACUGUUGCUAUGACAGCAGAGAGAUCCCAGUCCCCACCUGGACUGUGAAGGCAGCGAGAGACAUCCAGGUGACGGUGCAGCAGUGGGGUUGCUCGGAUCUCGUCCUCUGGGUGAACCCUUACGCGACCAUAAAGAAGAUGAAGGAGAAGAUCCGACGGAGCCGGGGCUGCGCGGGUCUCCAGCGCCUGUCCUUCCAGGAGCCCGGGGGCGAGCGGCAGCUGCUGCGCAGUCACUGCUCCCUGGCCUAUUACGGGAUCUUCUCCCACACCAGCGUCUGCCUGCUGGACACCGUCUCCCCCGAGAUCCAGGUCUUCGUGAGCAGCCGGGACGGUGGGAGCCACGCCUACGCCGCCCAGCCCUCCCACCUGGUCCGCAGCCUGAAGGAGCAGAUCGAGGACCGGCAGGGGCUGCUCCGGGAGCUGCAGCGCCUCGAGUUCCGGGGCCAGGUCCUGCAGGACUGGUUCAGUUUGGGCUACUACGGCGUCGGAGACAGCGACACGCUCACUCUGUCCCAGAAGAAGGCAGGAGAAGCCCGGUUUCCCUCCUGCUAGUUUCCUCCGGGAAGCUUCUCUGUCUGCAUCUCUGUCUUCUAAUCCAGACCCCGUCCCACAUCUUCACCGACUUUGUCAACACCUGUACUGGCCCUGCCAGUAGGGGAGGGGAAGAGGUGCGAGAGACUAAAUAUACAAAUGGCCCAUGGCCAGAUCCUAUGUGACAGUAAAACUCUGACCCACAGCCUCCACAGCAGCCAAUGGAGAACCAAGUCCAGGACUAAGGCAAUCACUGCCAGUUUCUCUAAUUUCCCACGCCACCUAGAACUCACUUUCCAUUUAGGACCAACCAAAGAAAACCAAAUGAGCUCCCCAAACCAAUCACAGAGGUAGUCUGCUUGUAGUUGGCACCUACAACUUCCCAGCGACAACCAGCUUGAUCAGGCUAUGCCUGAAGCCUUCAUCAUUUAUCAGGUUCACUGUAAAGUUUUCCCAUUCUCCUGCCUGUUCUGCGUCUCCGUGGAAGGCAAAGGAUGGUGCCUGAAAGUUGGGAAUAAACAACCUCUGUUCUCA